AUGGCCGUAGCAGCAGCCCUAACAAGACUUCAGGCGGAAGCCAAGUGCCCCAUCUGCCUGGAUGACCUGAGAGACCCGGUCACCAUCGAAUGUGGACACAACUUCUGUCGCUUCUGCAUCCAGCAGUCCUGGGCAGACCUGCAAGACAGGUUCCCUUGUCCUACCUGUCGUCAUCAGUGUGAAGAAGGGCACUUCAGGAGCAACGCCCAGCUGGGGAGGAUGAUUGAAAUUGCCAGGCUGCUCCACAUCAGCCUGAGGAAGAGGAAGAGGCCUGACAAGACCAACCUGUGUGAGAAGCACGACGAGGUCCUGACCCUUUUUUGUGAGGAGGACCUGGAGCUGUUGUGUGCCCUGUGCGCUCGGCCCCCUGACCACUACGGCCACUACGUGAGGCCCGUCGAGGAGGCCGCCUCUCACCACAGGGAGACGCUGCAGAGUUACAUGGAGCCCCUGAAGAGGCAAGUGGCAGACGUUCAAAAAUUAAUAAGCAUGCAAAGCAAAAUACCCCUAGAGCUGAGAGAGAAGGUGGAACACCAGAAACAGAAAUUAUCCUCCGAAUUUGAACUUCUGAACCAAUUUUUAGAGCGUGAACAACAGGCAGCUCUGUCAAGGUUAGCUGAAGAAGAGAAGGACAUUCAGCAAAAACUCAGUGAAAACCUAACAGCGUUUUCAAACUACGCUUGUACGCUCAAAAGUUUACUAAGAAGGUUGGAAGAGCACAAUGUAUUGUCUGAGGUGGAACUGCUGUCCCAAAUUAAGCAUUUCUACCAGAAGUCUGACAGUGAGAUCAGCCCACCAAUCUUUUCAAUUCAUUUAAGGAGGGAAGCCUGCAAUUUUCCUCCCCAGUAUUCUGCCCUGCAGAAAAUAAUAAAAGAAUUCAAAGUAGAUAUAGUUCUAGACCCCGAAACAGCCCACCCUAACUUGAUUGUUUCUGAGGAUAAAAAAUGUGUCCGAUACACGAAGAGAAAACAAAACGUCCCUGAUAUUGCCAAAAGGUUCAGAGCUAACCCAGUUGUCCUAGGUCUUCCCGAUUUCCGUUCUGGGAGGCAUUUCUGGGAAGUGGGAGUGGGAGACAAGUCUGAGUGGGCUGUUGGCGUCUGCAGAGCCUCUCUGUCCACCAAGGCAAGGCGACCAUCAGCCCAGCAGGGAUGCUGGAAGAUUCGGCAGCUGAAUGAUGGAUACGAGGCUCCAGGAGCUGUUCCAGCCCCUCUGCGGUUAGACUUGAGAGCCAGAGGCAUUGGUAUUUUCCUGGACUGUGAGCUGGGGGAGGUCUCCUUCUACAACAUGCCUGAGAAAUCUCACAUCUGUACGUUCACAGACACGUUUAGUGGACCUCUGCGCCCUUAUUUCUUCAUAGGACCUGGUUCAAAACCCCUCAGAAUCUGUAUGGGAACAGAUUGUGAAUGA